AUGGACAUGAAGAUAAGUCUAUCAUCCCGCGGACUUAUGACGGCAAUUAAUCCCCCUCAAGAGGGAGAUCCGCCACUCCAAGAUCAAAUCAAGUAUGGGGCUUUAUACUACAUAAGGCACCAUUUACAUCCAGAUUUAAAAUCUGAAUACUUGAUGGAUGAAAAUCCACAUGACCUAUGGAACUCGCUCAAAGAGCGAUAUGAACAGCAAAAGGCAGUAAUACUACCUGAUGCACAACGCGAAUGGUCCAAUAUUCGCCUUCAGGACUUUAAGUCCAUUGGAGAAUACAAUCAUGCUGUUCACAAAAUCUGCUCAAGAUUGCUUUUCUGUGACAAAGCUCCCACUGAUGCGGAGAAAAUAGAAAAAACUUUGUCUACAAUGCUUCCUGCCCAUAGAGUAUUGCAACAACAAUACCGUGCUAGAAACUAUCAGCACUAUUCUGAAUUAAUUCAUACUUUACUUCAGGCUGAAAAGCAUGAUGAACUUCUUUUAAAGAAUCAUCACCAGCGCCCUACAGGCACUGCCCCUUUACCUGAAGUAAAUUCAAAUGUUCAGAAUACAAAGAGGUUCGACAGCAACAAACGUCGUCCAAAGAACUUCAAAGGCAAGAACAACCACAUAAAGAAGCAGAAAUUCCAUAGAAAUAACAAGGGGAAGAGCAUUUUCAAUAACAAAGACAAAUCUGAUAUUUGUCGUAAAUGUGGUUGCUACAGCCACACAACUAAGAAAUGCCACACCCCAAAACACUUGGUUGAUCUUUACCUAAAGUCCGUUGGACGAAGCCGACCAACUCAAGGCAAAAGAUUUGAAGCUCAUUUCAAUCUUCAAUCUGACACCACCAGGACGACAAGUUGUUCCCAAAAUGUUCAUCCAGAACUGAACAACGACAUCACUCUUAAAGAGCAAGAGGACCUUGAGGGCAUGGACAAUAUGCUAGUGGAUUUUGCUUCCAAUGACUUAUUUGGAGACUUCGAUUAG